AUGAAGGCGUCGGAAUCGAACGACGAGGGGGCGAAACGCGCGGCGUUGGCCGCCAUGGUCGCCGCGUCGGUGCUUAUGACGAGUGCGGUGAUGCCGGAGGAGGCGGAGGCGGCGAGGAGCGGUGGACGGGUCGGGGGCGGAUCGUUCCGGGCGUCGAGCCGGGCGUCGCCGCGGAUGAGCGCGCAGAGUCGAACGGCGCCGCCGCUCGUGGGCGGAGGGUACGGGUACGGGUAUAACUCGGUGUUCAUGCCGAUGCCGAUCAUGCCAAUGUACGGAUUCGGGUUCGGGUUCGGGGGACUCGGAUUCUUCUUCAACGUGAUGCUCUUCUUCUUCGUGCUCAACACCGUGUUGGGUUUCGUGUCGCAGCUGCAGGAAGGGGCUAACCGACGGAACCCGUACGACGACGACGAGGAGAGUGAUGACGAGUUCGACGGCUGGAAUCGACGGCGUUGA